AUGGCCAUUACCACCAUCAGCGCCAAUCUUCCGACCAACAUCAAGGAUGUCCACAUUCAGAACUACAUCAAUGGCGAGUGGGCGCCUCCGACAAUGGCUUUGAUAUCGCAGAUCCCUGAUUCGGCCAGUGCCGAUGUUGAUAACGCUGUAAAGGCCGCCAAGGCUGCAUUCCCGCUGUGGUCAAAGACACCGAACAGCUCAAUAUUGGGCACAUUCGAGUCCCUUGACCAAGGAAAGCCUGUUUUCUCCGCAAUUCACUUUGAAAUGCCAAUGUGCGCUGCUAGCUUCCGUCAGUUUGCAAAGCUCAUUACCGACGGCGGCAUUAAGGAAAGCGAAUCUCGUUUGGACUCCAUGAUUACGCCGACCUCUAUUACUCAGCCCAAGGCCUCUAUCACUGAGUCAGUCACCCAGCACAUUGCUGCGGGUGUUGCUGGGCUCAUCACGCCCUGGAGCUUUCCUUUGCCAAUGCCGACUGAGCUGAGCAGCAUCACGUCAUUCCUGCUUUCCCACAUCCUUCAUGCGGCAGGCGUGCCCAAGGGCGUCGUCAACAUUAUCUUUGGCAGCGGCCUCGGUGCUGGUGAGCCCCUUGUCAAACACAAAGACGUGAAACUGAUCUCGUUUACUGGUGGAUCAGCCACGGGUGCUCGCAUCGGUGCUCUUGCCAGCGGCCAAUUCAAGCGUGUGUCGCUCGAGCUCGGUGGCAAGAACCCGGCUGUGUUCUUCGACGACUGCAACAUUGACCAUGCUGUGACCACCAGCAUUCGCGGCGCGUACACAAACCAGGGCGAGGUUUGCCUCUGUGCCUCUCGCCAGUACGUGCAACAUGGCAUCUAUGAGAAGUUUGUCGAGAUGUUCAGGCAAAAGGUGCGCAGCGACAUUUUUGUCGGCAACCCGUUGGACCCCAGGACGUUCUAUGGCCCAGUUAUCAGUCAGCAGCACAUGGACAAGGUUCUUGGCUAUAUUCGACUUGCGCAGGAGGAGAGUGCUACGGUCGAGUUUUUGGUCAACCCCAAUGAUAUCGCAGUCAAGGGCGUGGCCACGAGGGCGGCUACUUUAUCGCGCCGACGCUGA